AUGUCUCUCCGUAAGCCUCAAAUCCCUCGGCUUCUUCUUCAAAACGUUUCAUGUAUGAGAAACGCCCAGCAGAUUCUAAGACACGUGAAUGUAUCUCUCCACGACGGUGGUGCACUUGUCUUAACUGGUACCAACGGUUCCGGUAAAUCCACUUUCUUGAGAAUGUUAGCUGGAUUCUCUAAACCUUCUGCAGGAGAAAUCCUUUGGAACGGUCACGACAUCACUCAAUCAGGGAUCUUCCAACAGUACAAACUCCAGCUCAAUUGGAUCUCUUUAAAAGACGCUAUCAAAGAGCGAUUCACGGUUCUCGACAAUGUCCAAUGGUUUGAGCUUCUCGAGAACAAAAUCGGCAAAGCUCAACCGGCGUUGGAACUCAUGGGUUUAGGGAGAUUAGUGAAAGAGAAAUCGAGAAUGUUGUCAAUGGGUCAAAGGAAAAGGUUACAACUUGCAAGGCUGCUCGCUAUCGACAGACCGAUUUGGCUUUUAGACGAACCAUCGGUUGCUUUGGAUGAUGAAGGAGUAAGAUUGCUUGAGUACAUCAUUGCAGAACAUAGGAAAAAAGGAGGGAUCGUGAUCGUUGCGACUCAUCUCCCAAUCAAAAUCGAAGAUGCUAUGAUCUUGAGACUUCCUCCUAGAUUUCCAAGGAAAAUGACUUUGAUUGAUAUGCUUGAUCGUGCAGACAUAUCUUAG